AUGACAAGAGGUACCGGUCUUCGUCAGUACAGAGCUUGCGUCCGAUGCCGGGCACGCAAGUCGCGAUGUGACUUUGGAGGCAAUGGCAAGCCUCCGUGUGCCAAAUGUUACCGCGAGGGUGUCGCCGAUGAGUGCACUCCGGCUGCCUCACGCCGUGGAGGUGACUUCUCUCGCUUGCGGCGACGAAAAAACAAGCCAUCACCGCAGCCCAGGACACAGGAAGCUACAGUUGCUGCCGAAUCCUCGUCGCCGUCCCCGCCCCCUUGUCAACGCAGCCGGUCACAAUGGCAUACCGUAAAUCGCCAUCACAACAACAUAGUACACGGCGACAGCCUGCAGAAUCCGUCAGAUGCGCUAUUGAUACUGGCAAAUACAUGUGCACAACAGCAUGGCGAGGAGAAUGAUGCAGUUGCGCGAUCAGGCUCUGCCAUGGACGUGAACGCCGAGAAUGUUUUGACUGACGGAGACGUGGAGCCGAUGUAUAGCCAAGCAGAACAUGCCAUCCCUACUCCUCUCAUGACGGCGUCACUUCCGUCUGAGGGUUCAAGCCUGCCAUUUGCCGUAAACAACUUCGCGCCUGGCAACGGCGCGAUCAUCUCAUCGUACCCCCCCUUGCGUGAUGGCGUCCUGGAUGUUUCUCUGCUCGGGCAUCUAUUGCAACACUACGCUGACAACUACCAUGCUUUCUUUCCCAUUGUCCCCCGGAAUCUUCUGCAGCCAUCCGCCAUCCUUGAGAACGCCAAAAGAGAAGCCUUUCUCCUUACCGCAGUGCUGUCAGUCGCCUCGAGAGAUCGCGCAGAUUUAGUCGGACUGCAUGAUUCGAUGUGGAAAUACAUGCGCGACCUCAUUCUAGGGCUUGUCAUCGGAACAUCGCCUGGCUCGAGGUCCGUUGGUUGCGUCGAGGGCCUUCUACUGCUCGGCGAAUGGACCCGCGUCGAUGACAGCAACGCCGGAGAGGGAGCAACGUGGUCGAUUAUUGGGUUGGCCGUAAGACUGGCCUACCUUCUCCGGCUUGAAGAUAGCUCAUUUCGAGCUCCAGGCAGCCACGGUAACGACCCAGGUGGGCUUGUGACACAACGCAAGCGACUGGCUUGGACUUUCACCUAUCUAUCAGACCGCCAGAUUUCCAUUCGUAUGGGACAGGCUUUCUGGUGUCGAGGCCCAUCUUUAUCGACACGAUUUACCGCAAAAGACUUCCCCUCUCUACAACCUCUGCACUCUUACGAUGAAGAUCUUGCUUCCUUCAUUCAAGCGCAAAUCGAGCUCACAACAUUGUUCGGAAAUGCACACGACAUUCUAUUCGCAUCCAAGCAACGUACCAAAGAGUUGAUGGAAAGAGGGGACUACUCCACCUAUAUUGACGAUACGAGACGGUCAUUGGUGGCAUGGAGGCGUACGUGGGACGACCUGGCCGUGUCACGCCACCUGAAAAGCUGUCUUGAAUCAAUGCAGCAAUAUUUGCGCCUCUACGUCACUGCAUUUGCAUUUCAGGCAGCCCUAUAUCGCUGUUCGAUAGCAGUUGAAGAUUACAAUGGCUGUUUCCCUGACUCUAUCAUGGCAAGCCCCGAUGCUCAGUCAACCGCACUUAUGAGGCAGUUCAUCGCUGUACUGCGUAAAGCAGCUGGUGCAGACAGUGAUCAUGUUGCGUCUAAGUAUGCCGGGCUUCUGUGGGGUUUAUGGUUUGAGCACACAGCCGCAAAGGCCACCUCUACAACAGCGGCGAGCAGGGGUUCCUAUGAUAGCAACAACGUACGCGUCAAUUCUCGUCCGCGAAAUGCUCUAUUGGCUCCAGAAGCAGCAGUCAGGACUGGCAACACUCAAAGUGACCACCAGCUUACGCCGCGGCUGGAUGAUAUGGGAUUCUCACAACUUGAUUACAGUGAUUCUCUCGACUCGUGGUUUCAAAUGUCAACCGUCUUCCCAUGGGACCAGCCUUUUUUAUAG